UGACAGCAGCUCCCCGCCCCAGCGGCCCGCCACGUCCCGCACGUAGCGCCCGGGCAGCGGCGUAAAGCGGCAGGUUGGCGCCGGGAGCUCCGGCUCCUCCGGCGGGGCUCGGUAUGAGGCUGGCAAGGCUACUGCGGGGCGGCAGGAGCGUCAGGCCGCUCUGUGCCGUCCCCUGCGCUAGCCGUAGCCUGGCCUCGGACUCGGCCUCGGGCUCCGGGCCGGCGUCGGAGCUUGGCGUUCCGGGCCAGGUGGACUUCUAUGCGCGCUUCUCGCCGUCGCCACUCUCCAUGAAGCAGUUCCUGGACUUCGGGUCAGUAAAUGCUUGUGAAAAGACCUCGUUUAUGUUUCUGCGACAAGAGUUGCCUGUUAGAUUGGCAAAUAUAAUGAAAGAAAUAAGCCUUCUUCCCGAUAAUCUUCUCAGGACCCCGUCUGUACAGCUGGUACAAAGUUGGUACAUCCAAAGCCUUCAGGAGCUGCUUGAUUUUAAGGAGAAGAGUGCUGAAGACGCUAAAACUAUUUAUGAAUUCACAGACACAGUGAUAAGGAUCAGAAACCGGCACAAUGAUGUCAUUCCUACCAUGGCCCAGGGUGUGACUGAAUACAAGGAGAGCUUCGGGGUGGAUCCUGUCACCAGCCAAAAUGUUCAGUACUUUUUGGAUCGAUUCUACAUGAGUCGCAUCUCAAUUAGAAUGCUGCUCAACCAGCACUCUUUAUUGUUUGGCGGAAAAGGAAGUCCAUCUCAUCGAAAACAUAUCGGAAGCAUAAAUCCAAACUGCGAUGUAGUCGAGGUCAUUAAAGAUGGCUAUGAGAAUGCUCGGCGGCUCUGUGAUUUGUAUUACGUGAACUCUCCUGAGCUAGAGCUUGAAGAACUAAAUGCGAAAUCACCAGGACAGACAAUACAAGUGGUUUAUGUUCCAUCUCAUCUCUAUCACAUGGUGUUUGAACUGUUCAAGAACGCCAUGAGAGCAACCAUGGAGCACCACGCCGACAAAGGGGUUUAUCCCCCCAUUCAAGUUCACAUCACACUGGGUGAGGAGGAUUUGACUGUGAAGAUGAGUGACCGGGGAGGUGGUGUUCCACUGAGGAAGAUCGACAGACUCUUCAACUACAUGUACUCAACCGCACCCCGGCCUCGUGUCGAAACAUCCCGAGCAGUGCCCCUGGCUGGAUUUGGUUACGGAUUGCCCAUAUCACGCCUCUAUGCACAAUACUUCCAGGGAGACCUAAAGCUGUAUUCCUUAGAGGGCUACGGGACGGAUGCAGUUAUCUACAUUAAGGCUCUGUCAACGGAGUCGGUGGAAAGGCUCCCUGUGUACAAUAAAGCUGCCUGGAAACACUACAGAACCAUUCACGAGGCCGACGACUGGUGUGUGCCCAGCAGGGAGCCGAAGGACAUGACCACCUUCCGGAGCUCCUGAGUGCAGCGGGACGGUCGCCUGGCAGAUCCAAGCGUGGCCUUUGCUAAAUUUGGAAGAGAUGUGUUUGGAACCACGUUGUGUGAUUUCCACAGUUAGCGUUUGCUAAAGCUCCGAAAGCAUCAGUUAUACCAACUCCACUCUGAGGUGUUUGGGUAAUUGGGAGUGUUUUUGAACACACAUAACUUUGGUCAACUUCCCUUGGUGUGGUAUAGAGUGUAAAGUCCUUGAUUUCUGUAGGAAGCCGAGUAUUUCUUUCAAGUUUUCAUGUAUGUCUGCUAGAAGCAUCUGAAGAAUGGGGAGUAGCUGGCUAGCGCCUCUCUGCAUUUGGAGUUCUGUCAUCUGUGAGUGGUGACACCUAAUCAGACGGUCUUCUCUCCCAUGAAGCAGGACCCAGUGGUCCAUUAGAACCCACACAAAUCGUCAGAGUGCUGAAACUAAUUGACCAUGGCACCGUUUUAUUGCAGUGUAUUGUAAUGACUGUAUUGAAUGUAUUGUAAGACCAGAGCAUGAGUACUGAGCUUACAGCCCAACACAAGGGAUUUUCUUUAAAAACAAAGUCUCACUGUGUGGCCCCAGCUAGCCUUGAGUUUAUGAUGCCCUUGGUGUCCUGAGCGCUGGGGUGAGAAGGGCGUGCCACCACAUCUGGCUUAUAAGAGAAUCGUUAUUCCCCAAACCAGCCAAGGGGCAGCAGAGAGUAAACCGUGAAGCAUCAAGUGGCCCAGGAUGACCCACUACUGCUGAGAUUAUCUGAGGGAGUUUUUGAUGGGAGUGAGUUUCUCUGCAUCCAACCCAGGCAUCCAGAGGCUAAAGGCCAGGGCUGAGGUGAGGCUCGUGGCUGGCCUGGCUGGAACUAUAUUUGGGAGUGAAUAGUGACUACUGCUGUUGCCAAAGUGACAGACCGGAUUGGGACGCUUGGCCGCUCCAUUUCCAGGUCAGAUUGCUACACAUUGGGGGACAUGAUCUGAAUCUCGGGCCUGGUGCAGUCUAAAGUGUUAGCAUGGAGAUCAGGGUGACAGCAAGAGGUCAGGUGACCAAAGGCUCAGCCACCUUGGUUUUCAGUGGUGACUAAGGACAGGCAUUUUUCUAAAACAUUCAUUUUUUUUCUUUUUUUACUCAAAGAAAAGUCAGCUUAUGUUGAUUACAGAAUUCCUUUGCAGCUAUGUGGUGAUUUAAAGUCUGCAACAAAUGCUUUGAAGCAUUGUUGUGUUAAAACACAGACCUGUGGAGCAGGUAAUGACACCUGGGUUCUCUCUCAGUGACCCAAAGUCACAUAGAAUUGGAGCCGCAGCCUGAGCUUUCUCUACUGAUCACCGUCCACUGUCUGGGAUAUUCUUACCUCCUCUGUUAAGUGAUGGAGAAAUGCUUGGAAAACAGGCUUUGCCAUUUGCCCAGAGGGAUUUGGGGGUUUGGUGUGGAAAAUGUAGUUAGUUAAAACAUGUCGCUCUUAGCAGGAAUUACCCAGUCAUCACCCUGUGUCCCCUAAACAUAUACAUAGGGAAUACAAAAGCCAAACCAUGCAACAUGGCACAAAGUAGAAUUUUGGUGCCAAUGACAGGAACGUGUAGAUCGCGUAUGUUUGAGGUAGUCAGUCCAGGAUCCUAGGUGAAAGGUGAGGGGCCUGAAACUCAGGUCCUGUUGGCCCAGGGAUUCUUAGCUAAUGCUACCAAAUGUUAGAAAUUAUACACCUUAUACCUGCUGUUCCUAAUUGAGGACUUUGUAAGAAAUAAUAGACUAUGUUCAUGAGUGACACUUAUUCAGUGUAUUGCACUUAUUAGCUUUAAAUUACAUUUUACUGCAAUGAUGAAAUAUUUUGGAAUCUUUUGUACAACUGCCAAUAAACGUACUAUUUUUACUUGUGAAAUACUUUGCCCUCUCCAAGGAAUUAAAAAAAUCCUCCUCCUCUCUGCUUAAGAGCUAAGAAAUGUUUUCAGACAAGAAGUAAAAUUAUUUUACUUUAGUGUCUUUUUAAGGUGUAGCACCUUUUUGCUUUGUUGUUACGGUAAUGGAUGGAGACUGAAUAUGACAAGGCUCUAGGGGACACUUUUCAGAGCUGCUUUUAAAGAUACCUGGAAGGGUUUUAGAUUCUUAAGGUGGGCAAUUUUGUCCGCCAGCGUUUAUUUUAUGUGGUAUAGGUAUGAAAAUAGGUUUGAUAGUUGGGGAACGGACAAGUGAUUUUUAUAACUUGGGCAGUUAGGAUUGUAAGAAUAUUCCACACUGUAAUUCCAGUGCCUUUACACUUCAUAAUGGUCAGUGGCUUACACUGCGAGAUUUCUACACGAGGAUGUCGAAGCAGAACUCUUGCAUAGUGUAAGGCAUUUUCACGGUGACGGAAAACUGAAACCAUGGAUCAGUUUUUUAAAAAAAAUUAAUUGGAGCCACUUAAGGAUUCUAGAAAUACACUCGAGACUUUUAGAUAUCGCUCCGUGUCAUCAAGGCUCCAAAUCUGUAAAGGCUCAAGAAACUGUAACUAGUUGCCAGCACACUGGCUUAGGUGAAAGCAGGGGUCAAGCUCGGGUUAGGGUGAGGGUUGGAGAUCUGUCCUCAGCACAUGGGGUGGAAGGAGAGAAAGAACCAACUGCCUCCUAAGUUGUCUUUGACUCUUCACACGUGUGCUGUGUACGUGGGCAGCCCCUAUACACACCAGCUGUGGCCCGGUGUCUGUACGCUCUUACCUGCCUCUAGCGGUGUUUGAGGCAGGCUUCCACUGUAUAGUCUAAUGGGGAAAGCAGGUACAGGUCCUGUGGCUUGAGUUACCCUAGAUUUUCCUCUUCUGAUAUACUGCCAAUGAUUGACACGUCCUGGAGAACUGGUGGGUAAUCUUGAAAAGCUAUAUAAGUAAAGCAAGUAAUUUUCCACAGUAGAAAUAAUAGUUGGGAAGGGCUUAAGUUAGCACUGCCGUCAGCUCACUGCUGGUGGCUUCUCUAGACUGAGUCAGGACAGCUCAUGUCCUAUUCCUCAUUGGUACAUGGGGCCACUGUCCCUUCCUUCUGCUUACAGUCAGUAAGGUCUGGCUGCCAUGGUGGCACACACCUGUAAGUGGAUUUCUGAGCUUGAGACAGCCUGGUCAGCAUAGGGAGUUUCCGGUUAGCCAAGGCUGUAUCAAUGGACCCUGUGUGCUGUAUUUUUUUAUUUUUUGUUUGUUUUUAAAUCAAUAAGGUCCAGAAGGGAAAGAGUUGUAUGGUUCUGUGAAACUCUGAGUGGCUAAUUAGGGAGGGACCCCAGCCUGCCAACUUCUUUAAGUUUGUGUCAUCACUUUUACAAGGGAAUAUAAAGCCCAAAAGGAUAGGUAGCCAGGAUUAGGUCUGGUUGUUUUUAUUGAAGGACCUUCUCAUAUCUGAUUAACUCAUGGUCUCAAUACUAUUAAUUUUCUCACAGUCAAACCCAAGACACUCAAAAAAAUUGAAUCAAUGCUUUGUGGAGGAAAACUGAAUGCAUUCCUACUUUACAUAAUCCUGGCAUUCUUACAUCACUGUAUCAUUUGUUCUACCUUUGUGUUUGCAAAGAAUUAAACAUCAUGCUCUCUGCUUUUUUUUGACUGUA